AAUUGUUUGUGGUAAAAACAUGACUAGCAGAUGUUUCUUCACAUAUUUUCUUCUUCAUUGUAUACCUUACUGUGAACUACAUUUUAAAUGUUUGUGUCGUCAGUUUAUAGGCGUUAGAUGAUUAUAAAAAAACAGCAAGUCAGCAAAAAAGCUGUUUUGAUCAGGAUAUGCAUCAGCACCAAAAACGUGCGCUUCAUUUUGGAUUAACAAGUUUGAUAUUUGAAGCUUAUAAACCAGUGGAACACAGAGACUUUAGUUGUGACAAAAUCUGCAUCAACAUUUCUAACUUUAAAGAGCUUUGAAAGUCAAAAUACGAAAUUGUUUGCACAAUUGUUAAACCAGUUUCCAGUAAUUGUUUUAUCAGAACUAUGGCAGAGGCUUGCUUACCAAAAUCUCAGUGUGAUUCUGGAUAUGAAGAAGGUGAAAAAAUUCCUUCUGUUGAUGAAAAAUUGAAUACGGAAGCUAGUGGGAGCUAUAAUUCGAUUACAAGUGGAUUUUCAUCUAUGGGAAAAACUGAUAAUAAUAUUGAAACAGACAGCACAGAUUUGCAAAUAUACAAACCAGUCAAUGAUACAAAACUAGCAUCUGAAAUAAUGCCACUUGCAAAACAAAUUGUCAAAAUCUGUUCGGCGGAACAUCAUCCAGUAAUGAUGAAAGCAAUUGAAGAUUCUACUUCUAAAAGUUUAAAGAAUUCUGCUUCAAAAACAAGUUGUCUUGAGAUGGAAUUGCGUCAAAAAGAAAAUGAAAACCAAAAGUUGGUGAAACUGUUGGCCAAGCUAAACCCUGAUAAUAUAACUGUGGUAUCUACACUACCAGCUCAUAGUGUAACUCCUACUAAUGAGGUAAGUACAAAUACAAUGCAGCAGGUAACACAGUUAAAGGAAAAGUUGGAAUUUGUGGAAAACCUAAACCGGAAAUGGCAAAAAUACAGUGCAGAUGUGGAAUUGAAAAGCAAAGCAUUCGCGAAAGAUGCUCAGGAAAAGGUAACAAAAUUAGAGUCAGAAAAAUUAUCAUUGCAGAAAAAGCUACAAUUCUGUUUGUCUAACAACGAUCAAAUGAACGAAAAUUUAUCAGACUUGGGGCAAGAACUGCAACGGUCCAUGCAAAGAGAACAGCAACUUAGACAGGAUCUGAACAACGUCAAUGAAAAAAAUGAACUGUUAGCAAACAAAGUUGCAAAACUGAGUGAAGAUAAAGAAGAAGCUGAAACAGCGUUAAUUGUUGCCAUGAACAGACCAUCUACCGACACUCAAACUCACAUUUGGAGAGAAAAGUUAAGGCAACAGGAGAAUUACCACCAAAAAGAAAUAGGUAAUCUUCGACGUUAUAUUGUGAAGUUACAACAGAGUGCUCAGAUGAAAAGUAUGGGAAUUGAAACAUCUGGCCAGCAUUAUAGUGCUCCACCAAGAUUACCUUCAUUGGAAUCAGGACUACACGAUGUUGAAGCAGACUCAAUAUUCUAACAGUUUUUUCUCAAUGUCACUUGCUCCGCAAAAAUUUUCAUUUUUUAUUAAACUAUGGUUCCAGCGCUUUUUCGGCAGAAUAUUAUUAUUUCGAUCAAUUUGUAAAAAAAUUGUAUCUUUGAAUUUUUAAUUGGGGCAAACAUUUUAUUCCUUUAGAGGUGUUUAAAA